AAUUAAAAUUCUGUAACGUUGGGGUUUUAGAAUCGGUGUAGCCAUACUUUCGAUUACAGCAUUUGGAAAACUCAAAACUCAAAAGAGGCGAUUUCAACUUUCAAGAAUUGAGCGGCAGUUGCGAUGGACAGUUGUAAUAGUAAAUGGCGUCUACAAUCUAGCCAAUACCUUGGAGAAAUCUCAGCUUUGUCUUUUCUUCAUCUUCCUUCACACCUCUCUUCUCUUCCUUAUCUGCUCGCCGGUUCCGGUUCGCAAGUGCUGCUUUAUGACUUGCAGGCGGGAGUAUUGGUGAGGUCGUUCCAAGUUUUUGAAGGAAUUCGUGUGCACGGAAUUACUUGUAAUUUCGUUAAUUGCGCUGAAGGGUCAUCGUCUACAACCGUUGCAUUCAGAGUUGCUCUUUUUGGUGAAAAAAAAGUUAAAUUAUUUAACUUAAACUUUGAAUUCAAAUUUCGAGAUCAGCCAGAUAUAAUUGUGGAUUUGAGUUUAGUUCAAGCGUUGCCGAGGUUAAGUCAUUGGGUUUUGGAUGUUUCUUUCUUGAAGGGCACUGAGGGUGGCCAUUGUCUUGCCAUAGGAUGUAGCGAUAACUCGGUACGUGUCUGGCACACCUUUAACUUAAGUUUCAUUCUUGAAGUUCAUUCUCCAGAGAGAUGUCUUCUGUAUUCUAUGAGAUUAUGCGGUGACAGCCUUGAUACUCUCCGAGUUGCAUCUGGUACUAUUUAUAAUGAGAUUAUUGUUUGGAAAGUGGAAUCUCUAUAUGUUGCUCCUCUUCUAACAAGUCUUGAGGAAGACCACUCAAAUGUGGGUUCACACUCAAAAUAUGUAAAGCUUCUUCAUCAGCAAUGUAAAGCAGUUAAUAUAUUUAGACUCAUAGGACAUGAAGGUUCUAUCUUUCGCAUAGAAUGGUCUUCCAAUGGUUCAAAACUGGUUUCUGUCUCUGAUGAUCGGAGUGCUCGCAUCUGGGAAGUUCAUGCUAAACAGAAAGACUCUGAUAGCAUGGAAGAGGAGGUAGUCAGCUCUGUGCUAUAUGGCCAUAAUGCUCGAGUUUGGGACUGCAGUAUCACUGAUUCUUUUAUUAUCACUGCUGGUGAGGAUUGUACAUGUCGUGUGUGGGGAUCAGAUGGUAAACAGCUUAAGAUGAUUAAGGAGCAUAUAGGAAGAGGCAUAUGGCGUUGUUUAUAUGAUCCGAUCUCUUCUCUUCUUGUUACUGCUGGAUUUGAUUCUUCAAUCAAAGUGCACCAACUACAUAUUUCAUUGCCUGGAAGCUUGAAGGAAUGUCCUGAGGCAAAAGAGCUUAAUGACAGAUUUGAUGUAUUCAGUGUGCGGAUCCCAAAUUUAUCAGACCAUAUUCAGCUUAUGGACAGCAAAAGUGAAUAUGUACGCUGCUUGCGUUUAACUCGUGAAGACACCCUUUAUGUCGCCACAAAUCAUGGUUAUUUGUAUCAUGCCAAAUUAUGUGAUGAGGGGAACAUUAACUGGACUAAUCUUGUCCAAGUCUGUGAAGGGCUGCCGAUAAUUUGUAUGGAUUUGUUGUCAAAAAACAUGCCAGGGGAUCCUUGUGCCAUUGAUGAUUGGGUUUCUGUUGGAGAUGGUAAAGGGAGAACGACAAUUCUUAGAGUUGUAGGCGAAUCUCAUACUCCUCGAUUAGCUGUCAACUUUACAUGGUCAGCAGGAAUAGAGAGACAACUUUUGGGAACCUACUGGUCUAAGUCAUUGGGAUAUAGGUUUGUUUUUACAGCUGAUCCUAGAGGAAUAUUGAAGUUUUGGCAGUUAAGUGAUCAGUUGUCAUCUGUCUCUCUUAUUGCGGAAUUUUCUUCAUGUUUUGGAUUACGAAUAAUGUGUUUGGAUGCAUCAUUUGAGGAAGAGGUACUGGUAUGUGGAGAUCUACGUGGUAAUCUGGUUUUAUUCCCUUUGUCAAGGGACCUGUUACUGGGCACAUCUGCUGUAUCAGAAGUGAAGAUAUCUCCUCUAACUCAUUUUAAAGGAGCUCAUGGGAUAUCAACUGUGUCAAACAUUUCAGUUGCUAGACUAAGUUCAAAUCAAAUUGAAAUUCGCUCGACUGGAGGAGAUGGCUGCAUAUGCUAUUUGCAAUAUGACAAGGAUCAUGAAAAUUUGGAACUUAUGGGGAUGAAGCAAGUGAAAGAGCUAAGUUUGAUUCAAACUGUCUCAGCAGAUAACAACUCUGUCGAUGAUCUGGCCAGCUGCAACUAUGCAGCUGGUUUUGCAUCAGCAGAUUUUAUAAUAUGGAACUUAAUAACCGAGGCAAAGGUUUUGCAAAUUUCAUGUGGUGGAUGGCGGCGUCCUCAUUCUUAUCUUCUUGGUGAUGUACCAGAGAUAAGGAACUGCUUUGCCUAUGUCAAGGAUGAAGUUAUCUAUAUUCAUAGACGCUGGAUGCGGGAAAGUGAGAGGAAGAUGUUUCCUCAGAAUUUGCAUAUGCAAUUUCAUGGGAGAGAAAUGCAUACUUUAUGCUUUGUCUCUGAAAAUUCUCAAGUUGGAGCCAAUGUGGAGGAGAAUCCUUUCGACAGAUCCAGUUGGAUUGCCACUGGCUGCGAAGAUGGAACUGUAAGAUUGACUAGGUAUUCUCCUGGAGUUGAUAAUUGGUCUGUGUCUAAAUUGCUUGGGGAGCAUGUUGGUGGAUCGGCUGUGAGAUCCAUAUGCUGUGUGUCAGAAAUACAUUUGAUUUCUUCUGGUGUGAAGAAUGCAUCUGAUGAGAUAAAUGGACGAAAAAGUGUUACAGAGGAUGAAGAAAAGCUUUUCUUACUGAUAUCAGUUGGUGCUAAGCGGGUUUUAACUUCUUGGCUGCUAAGAAAUAGGGCAACGGACAAUGUGGAAGAAACACUUGUUGGAAAAAAACAUGAUAGAUGUAUAAAAGACUACAAACCUUCACUAGGGGCAUCCUCAAAUUUGUCGUUCCAGUGGCUUUCCUCUGACAUGCCAACCAAGAAUUCCAGUGCUUGUGCAAAAUCAAAGGACAUUCAGAAAAUGGUCAACAUUGCCAAAAAGGUUACUACUACAAAUACUGGAUCAAGUUUUCCAGAAAGUGGGGAGACAGAAUCAAAAACUUGUCUUAGGGAUAAAUAUGAAGAUGACUGGAGAUACCUGUCUGUCACCUCAUUUCUGGUUAAAUGUCCUGGGUCCAGGUCAACUGUCUGUUUUGUUGUUGUCGCCUGUUCAGAUGCCACACUUUCAUUGCGGGCCCUCAUUUUACCUCACCGACUAUGGUUUGAUGUUGCAUUGUUGGUUCCUCUGUCAUCACCAGUAUUGACAUUACAGCAUGUAAUUGUUCCUAUACAUCAUCUUUUUAAGGAGGAUGUUCACAUUGGAUCUGUAUAUUACGUGAUUAGUGGGGCCACUGAUGGAAGCAUUGCCUUCUGGGAUCUGACUGAGAGUGUUGAAGCUUUUGUGCAGCGAGUUUCAACUCUUCAGGUUGAUAAGUUCAUUGAUUGUCAGAGACGACCAAGAACUGGAAGGGGAAGUCAGGGUGGACGAUGGUGGAGAACUUUAAGCUGUACCAAGCCUAAGGAAAAGCCAGGCUGUAAUUCAAAUAUUGUGAAAUCUGGAGAGGAGGGAGCUUAUUGCGAUACACUAAAUCAUGCCACAUGCAGUGUGUCAACAAAAUCAAAUGAAAUGGGAAAUGGCACUGUCAAAGCUUUACAUAAUACUUUCUCUGAGCAGGAGUUGAAGCUAGUUGAUUCUGCUUCUGAAAUACGUGAAAUUUGGCCUAUACAUGUUAUGAGUAAUGUUCACCAAUCUGGUGUCAAUUGUCUCCAUGUUUCAGAGAUGAAAAACUGUCAAAGAAAUGAUUGUGAUUUUCAGUUCUGUGUAGUUAGUGGAGGCGAUGAUCAAGCUAUUCAUUGUCUUAGAUUUGAUUUGUCUCUGCUGUCUAUUGCUCCAGAUUCCAAGAUUAUUGCACCAGAUGUCGUAAGUUCAGUCACUGAAUCCGAAAAUGUAAAAGUAAUUUAUUAUGGUCAAAAGUUGAACCAGAAUUAUAGGAUCAGAAUUUUUAAUCACUACAGAGUGCCCUCUGCCCAUGGCUCCGCUAUAAAAGGACUUUGGACAGAUGGGGCUUGGGUGUUCUCAACUGGUCUUGAUCAGCGAGUCAGGUUUUGGCUUCUUGAGCAAGGUAAACUAACUGAGCAUGGUCAUUUAAUUGUUUGUGUACCAGAACCAGAAGCAUUGGAUGCUAGAGCCUGUGUCAGAAACCAAUAUCAAAUUGCUGUAGCUGGAAGAGGAAUGCAAGUUGUCGAGUUCUCUGCAUCCCAGGCUGUGGAUGUGUGACAAUAAAGUAAAUUCUGGUGAUUGUGAUUUUGUUCCAUCCUCGAGCCAAUAUUUCGGCGUAGCCAGGGUUUUUUUUCUGUUUUCUGACACAUUUUUAACGAGUGUGUCAUAUCAUCAUGGACAUUUGACACAUGAAAAUUGGAUAUACAAGAGUCUCUCUAUGUGGAUAACUAAAAACUGAUCUGCCAAUUUUUCAGUUUCAA